CAGACAACGUGUUCGAGUCAUGUAUCGGGUGCGCCGGCGGUCCUAAUGCGCGAACAAUAUCAAAGUCAAAUGACGUUUGUAUAUAAUGGGCUGUAAGGAAAUUUGCGAUCGCAGUCUUCCGCGACGGUUAAAUUCGAUCAGAACUGUUUUGUGACAUUUAAAUAAAGUUUUGUGAAAUUCAGUGCAUAUCCAGAGCUCCUCAUCGGGAGAAAGCAAAAUGCCGCCGCAAGGUCAACAAGCGGGCUCAUGGGUCCUAUACGAAACCGAUACGGUGAAUAAUGACAGUGAUGCGCCGGUGCUGGUCCCGCCAUCUGCUGAGAAGAGGGUAUGGAAAAUUGUCUGGAGGAACGUCAUUCUGUUCGUCUUGCUUCACAUCGGAGGCGUGUAUGGAGCGUACCUGUUUUUGACAAAAGCCAUGUGGACUACAUGCUUGUUCGCUGUGUUCCUUUACCUAUGCUCCGGACUGGGCAUCACUGCCGGUGCUCACAGGUUGUGGGCGCAUAAAUCCUACAAAGCGCGCUUGCCUCUGAGACUUCUGCUGACUCUAUUCAACACGCUGGCUUUCCAGGACGCAGUAUUGGACUGGGCUCGUGAUCACCGCAUGCACCACAAAUACUCGGAGACAGACGCCGACCCUCACAACGCGACUCGUGGAAGCUUUUUCUUUUCUCACGUCGGAUGGCUCCUCGUUAGAAAACACCCCGAGAUCAAGGCCAAAGGACACACCAUUGACAUGAGCGACCUUUGGGCCGACCCCAUACUGCGCUUCCAGAAGAAGUACUACUUAGCCCUGAUGCCUCUGAUUUGCUUCAUCCUGCCCUCGUACAUCCCUACUCUAUGGGGAGAAUCAGCCUGGAACGCAUAUUGGGUGUGCGCUAUUUUCCGCUACGUUUAUGUACUCAACGUCACUUGGCUCGUCAACUCGGCAGCUCACAAGUGGGGCAGCAAACCCUACGACAAGAACAUCAACCCAGUGGAAACUAAACCUGUCUCACUGGUGGUUCUCGGAGAAGGAUUCCACAACUACCACCAUACAUUCCCGUGGGACUACAAAACCGCUGAACUGGGCGACUACUCUCUAAACUUCAGCAAGCUGUUUAUCGACUUCAUGGCAUCGAUCGGAUGGGCGUAUGACCUUAAAACCGUGUCUGCUGAGGUUGUUGAAAAACGAGUCAAGAGGACUGGUGAUGGAAGCCACCACGUCUGGGGAUGGGACGAUAAAGACGUGCCCUCCGAAGAGAAGAAAGAAGCAACGAUCAUUAAUCCCGACAAAAUUCACUAGUGAGAAUCUAUUUAUUAACACGUUUAAGCCUAAGAUCUAAAUGUAUUGUUAAACCAAUUGUGAAGGAAUUGUGAUAAAAGUAGACGUAAAUAUUAAUUAUUUAUUACUAUUUAUAUUUCACUGCAGUUGAUUUUGUAGUGGUUGUUAAAAGACUUUACCUGUUAAAUUUAAGUAACUUUAAAAUAUGGUGCCCAUUGUUUAAAUUAUAAUAUAAUUUUAUUAUAAUUGA